AUCACCAUUUUUACUACGCGGAAGUAACAGCAGUAAACCCGCAGUAAUGCAGUAAAACGGCAGUAAUGCAGGGAGAUGUUUCUGAUUUCUUCCGACAGUAACAUUACCUGAAGGCAACUUCAGUUCGAAAAGUAUGGCGGCGGAGUGUUUGACAACCAUAACAGAGCAAUGGAUACGGGAGAAACUACAAUUAAAACAUCCAUUUCUCGGCGAUGUCCGCUCACUGAGCCUCCCGGGAACGCACGAGGAGAAGAUAAGACGUCUGGGAAACUCGCUGAAUAACUUUAUCCGACUCAAGUCUCUGGACCUCUCCUGCAAUGCGUUGGUUUCCAUUAAGGGGGUCCAACAUUUGAAGGUGCUGGAGAGGCUGAUCCUGUACUAUAACUGCAUACCUUCCCUCGAAGAGGUGAAAGUGCUGUUCGAGCUGUCGGCUUUGAGAGAGCUUGACCUGAGGCUCAACCCUCUGACCAAAAGGUACCCGGGGUACCGUCCCUGUCUGGUUCACGCCAUGCCUAACCUACGCAAACUAGAUGGUUCUUCAGUCAGAGACAACGAGCGCAAAGCUGCCAUAAUGCAGUUCUCCUCUGACCAUCUACCUCUGCAGAAGAGCUUGUGUUUGACUCGUGUCGCUGACCAAAGAAGCUGUGAUCAGAGAGUGGCCUUUGUUGACCCAUUAACCAAGGGGCUCUCGCUCCUGACUGACACUGAUGAUGUUGUGUUGAAUUUUGUUGGGAUUAAUCCUAGAGACCAAAGUGCAACUCAGGCCCAAUCGGUUCCCAAAGAGGCAACAGAGGAUGAAUCCAACGACUUUACAGAACAGAGGAGUUCUACUCCAAAACAGGAAACUGCUAAAUCCAUCCUUAGGUAUCCUAGCACCAAAUAUGAUAUCGCAAUGUACAAAGUGCCACACGUGAAAGAACCAUCUCAUAAAAGGAGCCCUACCUCGUUAGAAGUCACUGAAAGACCAAAGGUGUCCUUUGGCCCCUAUGUAGAGAAACGCAGACCUGUGGCGGGGAAACUAAAGCAAAAUGAGCUCCCCAAACCAACCCGACAGACAGCCAAGGGGCAUUACACCCCUAAUCCUGAUCAAAGUCAUGGUCAUAGUUCCACAUUAGUUAACAUCCGGCCUCCCAGUCCGCGUUGUCCUGGUUUGAAUUCGUCUGACCUCUUAAACCCCAUCUUGCAUCCGCCAAGACUGACCUCCUCCAGCGUAAACAAGACUGAAGGGGGGUCCGGCCAGCAAGGGGAAAAGAAAAAAAGGGGUAGUUAUAGGAAACCCCUGGAGAUGCUCCUCAACCUCGUGGACAAACACUGGACCGGAGAGAGGUCAUUGCAUCACAACAACAACUUCCUGUCUCAGGCUGUCCAGAUCCUCUCCAUGAUGGAAAGUGAUAUUUCCAGUCGGGAGGCUGAGGUCAGGACCUUACGAGGGGAAACCGAUGCCCUGAGCGCUCAAGCGGCAGCACGAGAGGAAGAGCACAGAAGUGAAGUGCGUGGCCUCUCUGCUCAGCUGGAGAAGGCCUGCAGUGGUGCUGGCAAACUAAAUGAGCAGCUGAAGAUUGUCUUGGAGGAAAAUGUCGCUUUACAGAAACAGCUUAUCAAACUAGAACGACAGUAUCUUAAGUCUAUGAUGAGAAGUUCACCAAUUACUCAGAUAAAAGCGGCUCAAACGGAAGUGGAGGAGCUGAGAAAAGAGAUUGAGGGGUUGAGGCUGAAGGUGCACGAGGCCGAGAAAGUCAAAGAUUUGUCAAAUAUGCUGCAAGAAAGCCACAGCCCUACUUUGUCGUUUGUGUCUGCGAAUGUGCUGCAGGUCCCUGGUGGCCACCAACGAGUGUUUGCUCGCUGAGCUGAAGGGAAGUGGGGAACUUUAAAGAGUGAUUUGAACGAAAAGAUUCACAAUGGGAUGAAAAUAUCAAAGCAAGACGUCCUCUUUGCAUUGCUUCUGCUGCGUGAGGCCCGGCAGCUACCGACUGUUUUAAAUCAUGUUUUACUUCAUACAACUGCAGUGAACAUUUAUGUGUGAAUGAGUAUUCCUUACCUUUUGGUAACUGUUGCAUUAGGGUUAGAGAACAAAAGUAAAUGAAUCCGUAAAGGCCGCGUUGGCCUUCUGGGAUGUUUGUGUAAGUGUGUGACUGCUGUUGUGUUAAAUAUAUUUACGGGGGAAAAUGUUAGCGAGAAGGUCAUAAUGUAUUUCUUGGAUCGGUGGCAAGAUCGUAUCUCUCUUAGCUGCUUUCCUGUGUUUUUUUUUUCUUUUUAGGUCACUUGUGUUUCCAUCUGCUUUGUAUGCUGCAGUGGAAUGAAUGCAUCUCGAUUCUAGCUGCACUGUGACUUUAUUUAUACCUCUGCCUUCAGGGCUGGAGAGCUACACACACACACACUGAUGGACUUCCCUCUCUCCAACACUAAUGCAAGAACUGGCAAAUGUGGAUGUUAUUACAUGACCUGAGCGAAGCUUUUGUUUAAUGUGUACGCUAAGGUCAAUGGUCGUCGUCGCUGCUGAUGGGAGUUGCGAUGUGUUCUCCAAAGAACCAUAAGAAUAUAAAAACUUGUGUUUUUGACUGACACCCGGUUACCGACUAAGCGGAUGUUCUGGGUGUGUUUUAUUUUUAUUUUAAGUAAUGCAUUACAAAUCAUGAACACGCAUUAAGAAGUCUAAAGAACAAAAACACACUGCAUGCACAAGGGCACAAUAGUACAUUAAAAGUUAUUGAAAGAUAAGACAAUAUUGUUCCUCCACAUUAAAGGUGCAUGUAUUUGGCAUUCAGCACAGAAAACAGAUCAGGCUACUGCAGCAGACAAAACAAACGCACUAAUAGCUGCUAUAUUUGCAUGACGCACGAUUCGUCAUCAGCUGAGGCUACAGGUAGUGUGUGACGCAAACAGUCACUGUUGGAAAAAUAUUCUACAAAAUUGUAUUACUUGUUUGCAAAAUGUUCCCUUUUAUCUGAUACAGGUGUGACUACAACAUUUAAAAAACCCGCUUUUGUUUGCUUUACAGGACGGUACUACACCUACAAUGUACUCCAAAUCUUUACCCAUAGACAAAUAUAAGAUUGGAGCAUAGCUGACUUUGUAUGUACAAGUUGGUACAUAUUGAUUACAAGCAAACAAGAUUUUAUCAUUAUCCCACAAAUUGAUCACACUGUAUUUUAAUAUAAAUUAUUUCUGCCCAGUAGUUUGUACUCAUAGCAGUUCAGAUAUGACACACUCCUGUCAUCUAUAUGCUUCUGAAUCAAAUGCAAUAUACAUAAACAUGCACAGAGUACAGCAAUACAGAAAAACCACAUAGGAAGCCAGUGUUAUAAAUUAUGCCAUGUGGCUAUAACCACAAAUAUAUUAGAACUACUGUAUAGAAAUCUGAUGAGGAAAUAUAAGUAAAAUGUUAAAAAUACAAUCUUAAAAACCUAAGCUCUCACGUUGUAGUUUGAUUUAAACAAUUUAAAAUGUAAAAACAUGUUGGAAAAAUGGUUUUGAGAGAAAAUAGAUUAUCCUAUUGUUUGUUUUGUUGAAGUGUAAGCAGCCACGUUUGAAAGUGGGGUUCUCAUGUGUUUGUUACAUAUUCAAAAAAGUACAGUUUUCAAAACCCUUUGAAACAAACUGACAAAACCCUUUCAUAUAUAUUUUCUUGGUUUGACCUGAAUGCAAAUUAUUCAGUCGAUAGUGAGACUAAAAAAUAAAAUGAACAGCAGAUUUCCUAAAGAGUUAGGUUCACUAGUAGGGAUGGCAGACAGACAAUUAACACAGAAGUUGGACACAUCGUUCAAAAGACUAAGCAUUAACAAUACAGUAUUUAAAAAAAAGCUAAUUCUUACUUAAACUCAAAGGAAAAAUACAUUUCCCCAACUGCGUACAGGAUUAGAAAAAGAACUCAAUUGGAAAGUGCAAUGUUGUUAACUUUUGUGCCACUUGUUUUUCUUGGCAUGUUGUUCAUUGUGCUCAAUAAAUAUAAGGCCCGAUCGUAA